CUUGUGCGUGGGCGAAGGCGUAACGGAUAGCGUGGCGACGGCCCCGACAAGAUGUCGAAGCCUCUUGAUUUGAAGCGAGCCGGUAGAUACAAAAACCCCAAAAAAAGGAGGCGAUGGGGCAGGUGGAGGGUAACGAUGAAAACAACAGAGAGUAGCAGCAAGAAGCGCCGACAAAAGAGGUUACAAGAAACAAGGCAUGAGCCGAAAAAUGAAAGACACCGUAAACAUCCGGGAUCCCACUUGCAAAGGGUAACCAAGGCUAACUGCCUUAUCCAAUGCAAGACCGAAUAUUCAACACCAACCAACCACCCUAACCAGAACGAUCAAGCAGCAGAAAUCAGAAACAUGGACACAAUUGCAUACCAGACAACUAAGAAAAAAGACGAGGACUUGACCUAGCAAAGGGGCACGGCGGAUACCCAGAAGAAAACUGAGGCACACAAGUCAUAUUUAA